CCAGCAAGACACGACCAAGAGGCAUUGUGUUAAUGCCAUUGUGUUAAUGCUUGUGUUAACGCCGCCCUUGUGUGUUCUGCCGCCCCAGAUUUGCUGCGAGCCCUCGCACCCCAGCCCCAAGCCGCUCCAAGGUCUGCCUCCCGCUCGCCCGCCCAGUGGACGAUGGGGAACCACAUGGCUCCGGUACCCGCCCUCCUGCCCCCCCUGCAGGCUCUGCACGUGGUGGUGGUGGGGCUGGACGCCGCCGGGAAGACCUCCCUGCUCUACCGCCUGAAGUUCGAGGAGUUCGUCAACAGCGUGCCCACCAAAGGCUUCAACAUGGAGAAGAUCCGGGUGCCGCUGGGGAGUUCCCGGGCCAUCACCUUCCAGGUGUGGGACGUGGGCGGCCAGGAGAAGCUGCGCCCGCUGUGGAAGUCCUACACGCGCCGCACGGACGGGCUGGUCUUCGUGGUCGACUCCGCAGAGGCCGAGCGCCUGGAGGAGGCCCGGGUGGAACUGCACCGGAUCGCCCGCGCCACGGACAACCAGGGGAUCCCUGUGCUGGUGCUGGCCAACAAGCAAGAUGCGGCCCGGGCCCUUUCGGUCGCCGAGGUGGAGAAACUCCUCGGCCUGCAUGAACUGGGCACUUCCACGCCCAGCCACAUCCAGGGGUGCAGCGCCGUCAGCGGCCUGGGGCUCCAGCAGGGCCUGGAGAAGCUCUACGAGAUGAUUCUGAGGCGUAAAAAGGUCCUUCGCAGCAGCAGGAGGAAGCGCUGAGGGAGGGGGCGGGGAUCCGCACUUGUGAUCCUGCAGGGAGGACUGGCUGGGGACUUUCUGUGCCCCCCAAGACACAGUGUGUUGCUCUGGGACGAUUCCUAGAUCAAGAACGGGUGAGCUGCGGACUUUUCUGGUGGACUUGGUCCCUUUCUGGUGGACUUGGACAUUUUGAUUCGUGGAGCCUGGGCGUCACGUGGACCGGAAGGUGGCCAGCGGGGCACUUUCCCGUGCCGUUCUGGAGAAUGGGGCUCCCCAGGAGAGGAAGAGGGGGGUCUCCCAGAGAGCAGGAGGCUGCAUCCGGGGAGUCCGUCCAACCCACCUUGCCUCAACCAUCAUUUGUUUGUAUCUUUUAAAAAAUGCUUUAAGGGGCCGUUUGUGGGCUCCCGAGUUGUGUGUGUGUUUGUAAAGAAGUGAAACCUAAAUUAUUAAAAAAGGGUAUUUUGCAAAA